AUGUCGGGGCGCGGGGGGACGCAGACCGAGCCGAGCCUCGCGCCGUUCGAGCUAGACAUACACGGGCUGAUCGACGACUUCGUGUUCCAGGUUAUCCGUCACGGGAGGCAGCCGACGUUUGACGAGUUCCGCGGCCUGUGGGAGCGGAGGGACUUUGGGCUGGUCCACGAGUGCUGCCCGCGCGCCUGCAGGCCCUGGACGUACGUGCAGCAGCUCUUCCUCACCGCCCUGAACCGCCUCGUCCUCCCCAGCCCGCUGCCCCCGCUGGAGGACGACGAGGCGGCGGACCCCGGCGCCGCCCCGCACGAGCCGCAGCAGGAGCCGCCCGCGUCGCCCGGCCACGACACUGACGCGCACGUGGACGGCGACCUGGCCGCGGCGUGGGAGGCGCUGGGCGGCGACGGCCUCGCCGCAGAAGAGCCCGCCGAGGACGCGGGCGCGCGCGGCGAGCACCCACCGCGCCGAGCGCCGCCCAGCGAUGCGGACCAGGCCGAGCCCAGCGGGAGCGACGGCGGGGCCGCUGCCGCGCCGGACGGUCCGGUGCUCGAGGAUGCGCACGCCGACCCUCCCGAGACGGACGCCCUGGUGCCGUGGGAGCCUGACAUGGCGGUGGAGUCGGUGGCGGUGGACCAGGUCGGGGCGCUGUUCUGCGUGUACGCGCUCUACAUGACGCAGCAGGCCGGGCGCGGUGCGGGGGCGGGGCAGCGGUCGCCGCGCGUGCGCAUCUACGCGGCGCAGCAGCACGUGGCGGUGCUCGCGCAUCUUGCGCGGUGGGGCAGCUACUACAGCGCGGACUGCCUCGACGUCCUCAGGAAGCUGGACGCCGAGCACGCGUUCGUGUACGGCGCGGUGUGGGUGGACCAGUCGAGCGGCGCGGGUGGGCAGCCGCAGCCGCAGCCGUGGGAGGCCCUGCGCCGCAAGCGCGGGAGGCGGCGGGUGGCCGAGGACCAGGUGCCCGGCGUGCUCAGACACAUCGAGCACCACGCCCUCAAGGUGCCCGCGGAGCUCAACGAGCUGGGCAUCCUGUCCGAGACGUACGCCUUGAGUCGGGAGCGCGCACGCAACGCCGUCACCGCUGAGGACCUUGGCGGGUGCGCCCUCGCACUCAACAUGAGCACCUUCUUCGCCACCGACGCGUCCACGAAGCUGUACCACAGCCGCAACAAGAUGCUCAGGGUGCUCGCGUUCGGCCGCGCGCGCUCCGCCCCGGCCCCACCGCCCCCGAAGAACCUGCGCGCCCACCGCAAGCGCCGGCGAGCCGACCACGAGCACGGCAGCGACCUCGACGACGACGACGACGCGGACAGCCGCGACGAACGCGCCGGAGCGGGCCCGAGCGGUCCCGGCGCCCGCCCCGCGCGCCCCCCCCCGCGCGAGGACGUGGUGGCGGAGGACAUGCCCGCGCUGUUCCCGGCGCGCGGCAGGCGGCGCGAGGAGAUCCCGCGGGAGGACCUGGAGCCGCUGCCGGACCUGCAGCACCCGCUGUCGCCGCUGGGCGACCUGGACGACCAGGGCGAGUGGAGCAGCGGCGGGAGCGGGGACUUUUGGAUGGGGGGGCCCGCGGGGAGCGACGGCGCGCCCGAGUGGAACUACGAGGCGUCGGACGACGACGAGGGCGACGACUGA